UCUACAGCAAUGGACGAGCCGUCCAGAGUGGAGAGAUGCUUUUGCUACCUGCCAACGUGUCGAGGCUACCAUGGCGGCAGAUGGGCUUUUGGGGUAUGUACGCCUUGCCAGUAGACAGGAAGUCCUUUUACCCCCAAAAAGCGAAGUGUUGGUCUGGGGCCGGGCUAAGGUGGGCCCUGGAGGUGCAGACUACUGUUCCUUGGUAGAAGCGCUUCCAGACGCCAACAGUGUUGGAGUCGCACGGACCAUUGCAGUGGUAAAGAAGGGUAGAGUCCCACUGAGAGUCUGUAACCCCCAUGCUUAUCAACUGAGGCUAGGGCGCUACCAGAAGCUUGGGAGGCUGUACCAUGUGGAUGAAGCAGAUGUUCAUGGACCCCGAGAAUUGCAGCUUUCCCUAAAGGAGGACUCUGUUGUGGAAGUUGCCCUGGUGGACGUUUCUGUUGGCUCAGACAACCAGGAACUCUCAAAGGAGAUGAGUGGCUUUGCUAACCGGCCUGAUUUGUCUGCAGAGCAACAGGGAGAACUGCGAGCCUUGCUGUGUAAGUGGCAGGAAGUGUUUGCCCGACAUGAUGAAGAUUUUGGACGCACAGACCUGGUGCAGCAUAAAAUCCACACAGGUGACGCUGCACCCAUCAGAGAGAGGAUUGAAGAGACUCUGACCAGCCUGACCCAAGCAGAAUGGUUCUCCACUCUCGACCUGGCCAGUGGUUAUUGGCAGCACUUGGACGAGGUGUUUAGAAGGCUGUGGCAGCAUGGACUAAAACUGCACCUCGACAAGUGUAAGCUCUUACAGCCUGAAGUAAAGUUUUUGGGCCAUGUGGUGGAUAAGAGUGGGGUGAAACCAGACCCGGAUAAGAUCCAAGCGGUUUUGGACUGGCACACACCUACAACCAUCAAGCAACCCAUCUUCAGACUGCUCGCCUGGGUGCAGUAG